AUGAACUUUGUUGGUAAAGUAGUCCUGGUUACCGGAGCAAGUUCCGGAAUUGGAGCAGCAACUGCUGUCCAACUAGCAAAAUUAGGAGCAAGUUUAGCUUUAACUGGACGAAAUGUUGAAAAUUUACAAAAAACAGCAAAUGAAUGUAACAAAUCACCCAAUGUAUUCACUGUACCUGGUAAUUUAACAUCUGAAAAUGAUAUCAAGAAAAUUUAUACAGAGGUUAUGAACAAAUUUGGAAAACUGGAUGUACUCAUCAACAAUGCGGGGAUUUUGGAAAAUGGAACUAUUGAAACCACAAACUUAGAACAAUAUGAUAGGCUCAUGAAUACCAAUGUUCGGUCCAUAUAUUAUCUAACAAUGUUAUCAGUACAAGAAUUAAUUAAAACGAAAGGUAAUAUUGUAAAUGUAUCCAGUGUAAAUGGAAUAAGAGCCUUUCCCAAUGUUCUGGCUUAUAACAUGUCUAAAGCAGCAGUAGAUCAUUUCACACGAUGUGCUGCUUUAGAAUUGGCUGCCAAAGGAGUUAGAGUAAAUGCCGUAAACCCAGGAGUAACAAUUACUAAUUUACAUCGUUCUGGUGGAAUGGAUGAAACAACUUAUCAAAAAUUUCUGGAACACAGUCGUACAACCCAUGCAAUGGGUAAACCAGGAGAAGCAAUCGAUGUUGCUGAAGCCAUAAUAUAUUUAGCUAGCGAUGCUGCUAAACAUGUAACGGGAGUUACAUUACCUGUAGAUGGUGGAAGACAUGCCAUGUGCCCUCGUUAAUUAAAUUUUGAUAAUUUUCAUAGAUCUGAUUUGAUAAUUUUCAUAAUUCAACAUUGAUCUGAUUUUGAAUAAUUUUAUAC